CGCACCGCGCGCGCCCGUCUCUCGCCGCGGCUCACUCGCGUUGCCAUGUUCGCGCUGAAACUUUACGCGGACCUCUAAGUACCAAACUCAGUGAAAAUGAAAAAACAAAGACGGCGACCCGGCUCGAGACGCAUCUUGAGACUAACUGGGCGACAUUGGCUGCUGUUAGGAUGGACAAUACUACUGGCGAUCAACAACGACGGAGCGGAGAUCACUUGCCCCGAGGAGUGCAGCUGCCGGACCACCUUCCACAGGGAGGAGGGCCGGCUUCUCCGGAUAGCUUGCUCGCGGGGUGACAUGCACACUAUACCUGUUGACUAUUUCGAUAGGAACGCUCAAAUCAUCUCCAUCUCAGCUCCAGCAGAAAACCCUAACUUCCUCACCAUCGGACCAAUUUUUACUCAGCCCAUUCCAUUCGUGAAUCUACAGGAACUACACAUUGUCAACUCAAACAUACCAUCUAUAGGCCAGUACUCAUUCUGGGGCCUACAAAAUCUUAGACUUAUCAACUUGACAUACAACAACCUAACCAGCAUAAACGCGGAUAAUUUCCGCGGGCUAAUAAAUCUCACCGAGCUCCAUCUCGACCACAACAACAUAGAGCAAAUGCCGAGCGAGACGUUCAGACAUCUCACCGCUCUGAAGACUCUGGUAUUAUCGAAUAAUCAGAUCUCAACACUGGUGCCCAGAUUAUUUCGGAUGUUAGCGAAACUGUCUUAUUUGGAUUUAAGUGAUAAUCCUUUAGCCGAUUUAAACCCGGAGGUUUUCAAAGAUAUACAGCACUUAAGGGUGCUUAAGUGUAGACGAUGUCUACUUAGAAGAGUUAAUACUCAGAUUUAUCAUUUGGUGCCUCAUUUGGAGGAAUUGGAUUUGGGGGAGAAUCUGUUUAAAUACCUGACACCGGACGAAUUUAUCAGUCUUAAGAAGCUGAAAAAACUGAAGUUGGACGGAAACCAGCUGUCGGUCAUUGUGGACUACAUGUUCGGACGCAACCGCGAGCUGCGGGCGCUCUCGCUGGCGCGCAACCGCCUGGCGCUGCUGGCGCCCGCCGCGCUCACCAACCUGUCCGCGCUCGUGCACCUCGACAUCGGCCACAACAAGAUCGACAAGUUCCACCUGCAGACCUUCGCCCCCAUCGUCGACACGCUCAAAACCAUCAACUUCAGCGGCAACAACCUCCCGCUCAACGAAAUCGCCAUCGUCCUCCAAAUCCUGCCCGACAUUCACGGCGUCGGAAUGGCCAACUUAUCCUUGACAGAUAUUCCCCCCAACUUCUUUACAUACAACGAACAUUUGGUCGCUCUGGAUAUAUCAUGGAAUAAAUUAACAAAAUUUCCAUAUAAAUUACUCACGAAGACGAAAUUCCUGCAGCGGCUAGAUAUAUCGCACAACAAAUUACAAACGCUGAGCGAGCAAGAUCUGCAGCGGUUGGAGGCCAUAGCGCAGAUAGAUUUAUCAAAAAAUACUUGGCACUGCGACCAAUGCUCGGCCGGGACGAUGAUCGUUUAUAUGACCACGACCGUUUUGAACGCGACUAUAAGGAAUCUGAGGUGCUAUGCGCCAAUGCGGUUGCGGGGCAAGAGUUUUGCGGACAUGAGCUUUGACCUGCUGGAGGCGUGCCCGAGCACGCGGGAGGCGCAGAUGAGCGUGAUCGCGGGGCUGAUGCUGCUGUGCGUGGCGGUGCUGGCGGCCGUGGCGGGCGCGCUGUGCUGCUCGCGCCGGCGCGCCGCGCACUACUACACGGACGAGGAGAAGCGGCGCGAGCACGCGCACGAGCACCCCGACGAGCUGCUGGCGCGCGCCGAGCUCGGCAGCGUGGCCACCAUCCACGCGCCCUUCGCGCUCGCGCCCAAGGGCAGCUAG